CUCAGUCGGCCCUCGGCAGGGGAGAACACUAAACGUGACGUGGGUGUCACGAUAGUUUACAUUUAUCCCAUAAAACACAAUGACGCAGUUACAACCGUGGCAUAACGACGUAGUGCUAGAAUUCAUCGAGCACUACAGAAAUGAACAACUACUUUGGGAUCCAAAACACCCUCACCACAAAAAUAAAGCGGAAGUAAACGAAGCUUGGGAGAGAAUUCAAUCGGGCAUGAGCAUACAGUGUUCGGUAGUAGAGCUGAAGAAAAAGAAAGAGUCGUUAAUGACUUCGUUUAGAAUGCAUUAUCGCAGAAAACAGGCAGCUUAUCCGAAAGAGUAUCGCAUCUCAUGGUUUGCUUAUCCGUUGAUGGAAAGUUUCUUAGGGGACGUGUAUGUACCGGAGUGUAGUAAAAUUAAUACGGAACCAGAGUAUUAUCCUUCGUCAUCUGAGCACCAGUACGCUCAAAACAUUCAAAAUACUUCUAUGGAAAGGAACCCUCUACCUACAACACCAGCCACUGUUAGAAAACAUAGAUAUCCUCAACAAAGUGUUAAUAAAAGCCCAGAGACGAGUUAUAAGAAACCAUUUAAUGCAUCAGCGAGUUAUGAUAGGAAUGAUAUGGACGAAUGCGAGUUAUACGGGCAAUUAUUGGCGAAAAAAUUGCGAAGGUUGGACGAGCACCAACGGGACGUAGCGAUGCAUGAGAUCGACAAUAUAAUAUUCAGAGUUAAGAUGAGCAAUGGUCCCUCACAGCAACCGCAGUCAACCAGCUACAUUUCGCCCGUUCCCAGGAAGAUGAAGUCUCCCAUAUUCGUCGUGUCGCAGCCCAACCACGAGCAGUAUGAAGAAGACACCAUAAACUAUCAGCAGAACGACCCCAUUCAGGAGGAGUCGUCUUGAAACCCACUCCUACUAAUCCCUACACUAUGUAGGUACGAGCACCUGCCUAUUGCACGUCGCUAGUCUGGCUAGUAGCUAGCGACAGGUGUGGACAACAGUGGAGAGAAACGGCGGAAAAUGAUAUCUAAGUACAUCUAAGUAUCAACUCCACUUGUCGUGCGUGUAGCCAGUGAUGACUUACGGCAGUGAGACGUGGCUGCUUAUUAUGGGUCUCGUGAGGAGGCUCGGUGUCGCUCAGCGGGCAAUGGAGAGAGCUGUGCUCGGUAUUUUCCUGCUCGAUCGAAUCAAAAAUGAGGAGAAUUGCCAAGCUAAAGUGGCAGUGGGCAGGACAUAUAGCGAGGAGAAUCGAUGGCCGCUGGGGCGGAAAGGUUCUCGAAUGGCGACCACGUGUCGGACGACGCUCAGUGGGUACAAGGUGGACCGCUAAAGGUGGACCGACGAUCUGCUGAAGGUCGCGGGAAGCCGUUGGAUGCGGGCAGCGCGGAACCGAUCGUCGUGGAGAUUCUUGGGGAAGGCCUAUGCCCAGCAUUGGGCGUCGUACGGCUGAUAAUGAUGAUGAUGAACUCCACUUGGGCAUAACACGCCGUUUCUCCUUAGCUAGCUUGGAAUAGCCCGGCUAUAAUAUAAUGGAUAGACACAUUCUACCAAAACGAGAUCCCGGUUCGAUUUCUCGUCUAGUCUGACGAAUACGAGAGCUUUAUACCUACUAAUAGUUGGGUUUGGGUUAAUGUGAUUCGUCCCAGAUGGACUAAGGACAAUGACAGUGAUUUUAUUUGUCUGUAAAAGGCAUAAGUUGAUGGUAAUGAUUGAAUCAUUAUCUGUAGAUUCUGUCUUCAAAGAAGACUUAUAAAUAGGCACCGACUACGUGAUAA